UGCAGCAGCAGCAGCAGCUGUAGCCGUCCGUGUACGGUUAAAAUAAUAAUAAUAUGAUGGCGUAUAAUAGUAGCGCACUGUACAACCAGGGGGUAGACUGAUCCCUUGGCGGGAGGGCGAGAGAGAUAUCGUUUUAAUCUGUUUCUAUGAUUGUCUGCGUGAUUUCGAGAUCUCGCCAAGGCCUACAGUCCCCGUUCGCGUAUUUAACGUAAUAAUAUUUUACCUCUGUAUUUGUCGUCGAGUCUAUUCGUUGCGCGGCCGGUAGUUUUCGUCAAUUUCAUACGUUCCGCACUUCGCAAAAAAUCCAAAAUCCCUGUGAUGCGAUACAGCCGUCACGCACUCCGUACCUUCGCAAUAACUCCGUCUACGCGAUUGUCGUCUCUUACACCGUUUUGAAAACGUAUCGAAAUGUUGAUGUGAUCGCUCGUCCGAUGGCAAUCAUGAAUAACUGUUUUAUUCUGUUGCUGGCAAUACUCGGCCAUCGGCCAGGCUACAUCAAGGCCGACUGCGUAGACAACAACAGCCGAACUGUUCAGGAGGGCAAGACGUUCAUACCGGGCCCAGAUAUCUGCACUCGGUGUAUGUGCGACAACUCUGUAGCUAAAUGGUGUCACCCUGUGCUCUGUACUGCUCCACAGGAUUGCAAGUCGUAUACAACUGUUGGAAAUAUAUGCUGUGAAUUCAAUUGUUUGGAUGAAACUCUCAAAGGCGAUAAUAUUAAUGCCAGAUCAAUUGCCAGCACUGUAACGGCAUUUUUAUUUUUCAUAUUAAUUGUUUUCCUCAUCAACCGGUUACAUAAAAGAAAUAUAAUGUCAAAUGGAGAAGUAUUUACCGAUCCAAAUUCGCUUCAAAUGGGCGAAGGUGUACGUGGAAUUGGAUUCAUUAGUGGUUACAUGAAUUUACCUAGGCCUGAUUUAUAUUAUGGUGAUCAUGCAACACUUCAUAUACCUUUAUGGAAGACAUACUAUCCACGUGGGGAUGCACCGCCUCCAUAUGACGAAGCUAUUGCAUUACCUCACCAAAUAGUACCCCAACAGUUAAAUACACUAGUAGAUGAAGUUACAGCUUACCAUAGGACUAUACCUUUUACCAUGACUGAAGUUGAACAAAAUAUUCAGCCACAAACUUCUGGUGACCCCGAGACUGAACCAACUACCAACCAACCGUUUUUAGAUGACAAUCAAACAAAUAAUGAUAAAUACCAAUGUCAUGAUAAAAUAACUACAAUUUCUAAUGAUGAUUUCCGAGAAGAAUGUGAAAAUUGUAAGCAUGAUCAGGAACUUGCUGAAGGAUAUGAUGAUAUUUUUCCUGAACCAGAAACAAUGACACUAGAGCGAAGACCACAAUUAUUAACUCAUGAACACGUAGCAGAUGGUAUUGAGUUACGUUCAUCAAUGACCUUACCCGAUAAUGGUAGACUACGAAGGCCUCAUGUUGGUAACUUGAAAGAUAAAUAUAGAGACGGAUGGUUCAAAGAAACUAGUUUAAAAGAAAAUUCAACUUCUGAUGAUGAUCAGCCAUAACAGAAAAGGAUCCUUAUUUAUUGGAUCGAAUGACAUUGAAAUGGAAGAUAUAUUUCUGUAUAAAAAGAAUAAUAAUACAAAUAAAUAUUAAUUACAAAUUUAAAUAAUUCCAUCUAACAAUAUUUUUAUUAUUUUUUUUUUUUAGUCCAUAAAAUAGUAAUAAAUUAAAAUAUUAUAACAUAGGAAUUUUUUUGGUGUAUACUUGAUCUUUUUUUUUUCAGUACAUAUUUGUGAGUUUUUUAGAGCUAUAAGUUCCUAAGCCUAGUUUUCAAGUUUAUUUAAAAUUAAUUUUCUUUAUCUUGUAAAUGUAUUUCAUGUAUGUAUAAUUGUCAAAUAUUUAUGUUUAGUAAAGAUUAAAAACUAAAGUACUGGAAAUAAACGUGUGUUGUAAUUCAACAGUGUCUGGCAGUUUGUUUAAUUUUAUUUAAAAUGUUGUUAUUGUACUUCUAAAGUUUUAAAUAAAAUUGAUAACUGCAUUUAAA